AUGAGAGUUGAAGAAAACCAAGUGGCACUUCUUCCUAGAAGAACUGUGUGGCAGCAGUUCACAAAAGUAUGUACAUCUUUUAUUCCCUCGUUUAUUCUGCGUCUUUUCGGCAUGAAGUCCAAAGAGAUGCAGAGUGCAUGGAGGGAGAAAGUAGCCCUCUGCUGGCUGAUUGCAUUUGCAUGCAUGUUCCUGGCAUUCAUUACAUAUGGUCUGACGAUGCUUGUGUGCAAGCCGCAACUAACAUACACAAUGGAAACCAUGAGCGAAAUAAGCACAUACCCGUGGUUUGCAGCCCGGGGGAAAAUAUUCAGACUUGACCCAGGGAGCAAGCUAGAGACGUACUCUGGGAGUGAUAUCUCUGCCAUGUUUAAAAUAAAUGCGCCAAACUGCACGCAGGCAUUUCCCAGCUACUCCUUCAGUAAAAUUGGCAGCUACAACAUGCAUGACUAUUCGGAAGUUGCGCCUGUGCACUACACGUGGUCAUCCAUACUUCGAGAGCAGCUGACCGUGAUAGGCUCAGGGGUCUACAACACAAAUGACAUAAGCCUCCCAGAAAAGCUGCAAACACUUCAAGGCAGCGUGGAUGCCACAAGAGCAAGUGAGUCUCUUUCUCCAAAGGAGCUGCAGUGCUUCAAGGAGCUGUGCUAUGCCGGGGAGCUUGCACUGCAGUCCACUGGGUGCCAGAUAACGUACUCUUUCCUCUAUCUGUCUGCCCUGGCUGUUCUGGGCCUGGUUCUGAUCAGGUUUUUCCUGGCUGCUGUCUACUCCUUGAUCAUGAAAAUCAAAACGUGGCAGCUUGUGCGAAAAACCACGGAUGUACUGCCGGUGGUGCUGAUGACUGCCUGCUACUCUGAGGGCAGAGAAGGCUUGAAGUCAACCCUGGACAGCCUCUGCAUACAGGAGUACGACAAGAAGGUCAUUAUUGUUGUAGCAGAUGGAUUUAUAACAGGAGCAGGCAAUGAAGCAUCUACUCCAGAGAUUCUUAAGUCAAUGAUUACGCCAAAGAAAGACUGCGCUGCAUCUGGGAUGUGCACUGCCCCAAAGCAGUACAUCUCUAUUGCAGCAGGCGCUAAGAAGCUGAACUAUGCAGAGGUGCAUGCUGGGUCGUAUUCUGUUGAGACAAAAAGCGGUGUGGUGACAUCUGACAUCAUUCUCAUACUGAAGAGCGAGAAUAGAGGAAAGAGAGACAGUCAGAUGGUUAUCAUGAGCUUCUUCCAUCACGUGCUGUACAGAACGCGUUUGACGCAGUUUGACUUAGAUUUGUACAAGAAGAUCAAGGGCCUGACAGGCAUGUCACCCGACCAGUUUGGAGCAAUUCUUAUGGUGGACGCAGACACAACAGUAAGACCAAGUGCAGUGCGAAUUAUGGCAAGAACCAUGCAAAGCGACCCGUCAAUUAUGGGAAUCUGCGGGGAAACACUCAUUUCAAACAAGUUUGACUCCUGGGUCACAGCUAUACAGGUGUUUGAGUACUAUGUAAGCCACCACCUGGCAAAGGGAUUUGAGAGUGUCUUUGGGAACGUAACUUGUCUUCCCGGGUGCUUCUGCAUGUACAGACUGAAGAUUGAAAGAAAGAACGGGUGCACUCCAAUUCUUGUCUCACCCACUGUGCUGCACGCGUAUGGGAGCGACGAAACAAAGACUCUGCACGAGAAGAAUCUGCUGCUUCUUGGGGAGGACCGGUACUUGACAACCCUUCUACUCAAAAACUAUCCAAAAAGAAAACUUGUUUUUGUGCCAAGUGCCUUGUGUGAUACAAUUGUGCCUGAUAAGUUCUCUAUCCUUCUGAGUCAGAGGAGGCGCUGGAUUAACUCUACCAUACACAAUCUGUUUGAGCUGCUUCGGGUUGACCUGUGCGGCACUUUCUUUUUUUCUAUGCAGUACGUUGUGAUUUUAGAGCUGUUUGGAACUCUGGUUCUUCCUGCUGCAAUGGUUUUUACUCUUGUUCUGGUCAUUUCCUCCUUUAUAUGGACACCUGUCUGGAUCCCUCUCUUCCUUCUGUUUUGCAUUCUUGGGCUUCCAUCUUUGCUCAUCUUCUUCACAAACUUCAAUCUUUUCUACUUUGUGUGGCUGAUCAUCUACUUGUGCUCUCUCCCAAUAUGGAACUUUGUUCUUCCAAUAUAUGCAUUCUGGCACUUUGACGACUUUUCAUGGGGAGAAACCCGGCAGAUCACGGGCGGUGCGCCAAAGGACGGGCACGGCGGUUCUUCCAGCGGGGAGGAGAUAGAUUACAGCACAAAGGCCACUCUAAUUGAUUUUGAGGAGGUUGAGUAG